CGAUCGCUCAGCUCUCGGGGCCCAGCACAAUUGCGGAAUUUGUUUCAGGAAGUAGUGAUACAGCUGUAGGUAUCUAGCCUUGAUGCGCCGAGUCACGAAUGCAAGGCGCGUUGCAUCGCUCAUCGCGAAAGCUCAUCGCGACGCUCUCAGGCCGCUCCCUGCCAUGCAGUACAGCAUUUCCGUAAAUAACACUUCACUCCGUCUAAAAGAAGUUUUUGUCUCCCAGAACACUCGUAUCAGGCGGCCGCACCACCGCAGUGGCCACAUCCUCCACGCGGGCUCGGCCAUGCCACUCGCGGAUGCCUCCGCCACCACAGCGGCCCUGCCGCUGCCCGACGACGACCAGCUGCGCGACAUUGCGUUGGCAGCAGUGAAGGAGUCCGGGAUGUACGUGAAGGAUGAUUGGGUCCGCGACUUUAUCGUGGAAAUUGUGGUGGCGGAUGUGACUGACGCGGGGCCCCCUGCCACUGGGGACGACUGCUACUCGCGCUAUUCCAGCCUGAUCGUGGAGCAGCUACCGGAGGUUGAGGAUGACGAGGUGCGGGACUUCGCGACCGCGCUGUCCGCCCGACUGGCGGCCGCUGUGGAGGCGCUGGCAGCGGAGCAGCGGCGGCGGCUGGCGGGCGGUGGCGGCGGCAGCAGUGAGGACGAGGAAGGGCCGGUGGGCGGCUGCGCCCUGUGCGGGCGCCAGAUGCCGCUCACGUUCCACCACUUGAUCCCCAGGGACGUCCACGCCAAGUACAAGCGCAAGGCUCUGACCGCCGAGGAAUUGAACCGCGGCGUGGACGUGUGUCGGCCCUGCCACUCCGCCAUCCAUCGGACCUACGACAACAAGACACUGGCCGCCUCCUACAGCACCCUAGAGGCCUUGCUACAGAGUGAGCCACUCCAGAAGUUUAUUCGUUGGGCCCAGAAGCAAAAGGUCACGACGCGGGAAGAUAUGGCGAACCCCAACUUUAGGUACCGACGAUGAGUUUGCUGACUUUGUCUUAAUGGCGUAGUGUCACACAGGCUUGGGUGCAUAGCACACGUCUCUUUUCAAGGACGCAUCCAGUUUUGCUACAACUAGAGGGCACGGUAGACUGCAUUGCGUUGCACCGGUCGGACGUACGCAUGACAUGCCCCCGCCUGUAAACUGUGGCCAUG